UGGAAAGAUCUCAGUUCCCUCUAAAGUGUUGUUUUCAUCCCAUCAAGAAGAACACAGAACCAUAAAGAAAGAAAAAGAAAUCCCAGAUAUGGGAAGGGCUCCUUGCUGUGACAAGGCAAAUGUGAAAAAAGGGUCAUGGUCUCCGGAAGAAGACUGCAAGCUCAAAGAUUUCAUUGAGAAACAUGGCACAGGUGGGAAUUGGAUUGCUCUCCCUCACAAAGCUGGUCUGAAGAGAUGUGGGAACAGUUGCAAAUUGAGAUGGUUUAACUAUCUGAGGCCCAACAUUAAACAUGGAGAAUUCACUGAUGAUGAAGAUCGAAUCAUCCGCAACCUCUUUGCUACCAUUGGAAGCAGGUGGUCCAUCAUACCUGCUCAGUUGCCAGGCAUUACUAACAAUGAUAUCAAGAACUACCGGAACACCAAGCUAAAGAAGAGAUUGAUUGGGACUCUUCCCUCUCAAAGAAAACCAUAGCAGCAACCACCCUUCCCAUCUCCUUAUGAAGGUUUCUCACCCCUUUAAAAAUCUCCCACAAGCCUUACAGGGAUGCCUGCCCCACCAGACCUUUUCAAUGCUACCAGCUGCAUCUUACAAACCCAUGAGAGCUUUCCCAUACAUCACCACCACCACCACCAUCAUCCACACCAUUCAUAUCAAAUGAAAGAUGAAGCCUACAUGCUUGGAGGGGAGAAUAGCUGCAGCUCUUCUGAUGGGAGCUGCAGCCAGAUCAGCUAUAGCAAGGAGAAUGGUCUACAAUAUGGUGGAGGUGUACAAAU